CGACAAUAUUCGCCUACUUCCUCCACAAAGGGUCCCUUUACAUGUCGGGAAUCAGCACCGACUGUCUCUAAUUGCCCUGAUACCUCGCCAUGGGCUCUGAAAUGGAUACCUUUGCGGCCCGCCUAGCCAGCUUUGAUAUAGUGCUGAAGCCGGAGAAACGCAGAUCUUCCGGCACAAAAACACCCAAAGCGAUUACUUGGCCGCACCAGCGACCUUCACCAGCCGAGUUAGCACACGCCGGAUUCUACUACAAACCAUACGAGACAAACCCCGACAACACAACAUGUUUCGAGUGCCACCGAGCGCUGGAUGGCUGGGAGGAGGACGACAACCCCGUCACAGAGCAUCUCAAACAUGCUCCCGACUGCGGAUGGGCCAUAAUGAUGGAUCUCCAACAGAGCAGCUCCAAUCCCGCCUCGAUUGAAGAUCCUACGGGCGACAGGAUUACACAAGCGAGACUGUCAACCUUUGGUACGGCAUGGCCUCAUGACGGGAAAAAGGGCUGGGUAUGCCAGUCGGACAAGAUGGUUGAAGGCGGAUGGUAUUUCUGCCCCACAGAGGAGAGCAAUGAUCUAGCCAGCUGUGUCUAUUGCAAGUUGUCUUUGGAUGGAUGGGAACCCAAGGAUGACCCAUUUGACGAACACUACCGCCGCUCCUCAGAUUGUUCAUUCUUUGUCUUCGCCCAGCCGCCAGGAAAGAAGGGCAAAGCCACUCGUCCUAAGAAACCUCGGGUUUCCAAAGCUUCCUCCCGCCUUUCAACUCAAUCUGUUGAUCCAGUCACAUCCGAAACGCCCGAUAUGGAAAUGGAUGAUACCAUGGACAACAGCAUCAUGUCCCAAGCCACCACAACAACAAAAUCUAAAUCUACAAAGAAGGUAGCCAAGAGCAAAUCAAAGGGGGCCAAGACUAAGAAGGAAGAAUCAGCGGAGGUGGAAAACCACGUUGAAGCCGACCUUGAAGAAGUCUCCCAACCAGAGCCCACCAAACCCAAACGUGCAGGCAGGGGAAAGAAGAGGGCCAGCGAGGAUAUCAAGGAUGAACCCAACCCAAUUACCACACAGGAAAGAGACCAGUCGCAGCCACCAUCAGAACCCCCGGCGAAGAGACGCGCUACAAAAACACGCAGCAGCAGCAUCGCUCGCAACUACAAUUACGAACAUAGUGACUCUGCCAUGGCCGACGCAGAGCCACUGAACGACGCUGCUUCGGAAGAAGAAACUAGCAGAGGUCGCAAACCCACGAAAAAAGGAACGUCCAAGGCCCGUAAGGUCUCCGAUGCGCCUGUCUCAUUGAAAGCCCCAUCAAAGGCGCGAGCCCCUCGUGACUCGGAGAUCGAAGCGGAAAUUGAAGCGGGCCUCGAAGCAGAUAUCCCUACAGUUGCACCAGCCGAGCCUGAGAUUGAGGCUGAGCCAACAGAGCCACGGGCAUCGAAGAAAACAAAAUCGAGCAAAAAGUCCAAGGCUGUGGCUAAAACCCCCAAAGCGACCAUACAUGAUCAAGUAGAGGAUGUUAGUGAUCAUGAGAACCGUUCAGAUUCUCACGUGCAACGGGUUGAUGAUGAACCGGAAGCACCUGAGCCGCCAGCCCCAAAGGCCAAGGUGGCAAAAGCAUCCAAGAAAAAGGGGACAAAGAAGACCAAGACCGACGAGACGAUAAAAGCACAGUCACCAGAGCCGAGAGAAUCUUCAGGGUCUGGGACUCCCGAUGUUCGGGAUGAUUCCGAGCGUCAUGACUCCUUCAUCUCUGUAGAGAUUGUCAACAAGGAGCUGGGGGAUGCACCGGAGCCUGCAGAAUCAAUGACCAAGGCAGAAUCGAAGAAGAGUUCUAAGAAGAAGGAUGCUACGUCAGCCAAAGAGAAAAAGUCUAAGAAAUCCGAGAAAAAGGCAGAACCAGCUCCUGUUCCUGAACCCACAGUCGAAGAAUAUCACGUUGAGCCGUCGGUUGAGGAACACGACGACGAAUUCGAGACUACAGAUGAUUUGCCUGACCAACUUGAGAUGGUCAACCCUCCCCAGAAGCCUUCUCCCCCUAUACAAGAAAUGUCUCCUGAGCCACAAUCUCAUCGGAAGACGCCUAGUAUACCGCCGAAGACUGCCAAACGGUAUAGCGAUAUUCCCCACGAAGAGCACCUUGCAGAGACCCUAGUCCAAAGCCAGACCUCACCUCACGAAAUCCAUGACUCUCGGCGGGAUUCAAAACGCUCUAACCGGGAAUCAUCGGAUGCCGAAAAUCAGCCUCCAUCGUCGCGGCCUUCAGCAUCCCGUCCACCUGUUCAGUCACCACCGAAGCGCUCGGAGUUCCGAGCCCCUCUGGCAGUUAGCACCCCAUCACCAUCAAAGCGCAAUGCCAAUGGUGGAUUUGGACCUUCCGGCCAGCCAUGGACACCAGUGGAUAUUGAUGAGGUGCUCUUUGGAGAGGCUAGCGACAAGGAAAAUGCAGAUUUAUCUGGACUUUUCAAAGGCGUGAAAGCUGGCUUGACCAGCCCAGAGAAGAAGAUGACGGUCCAAGAAUGGAUCGCGUGGAACGCAAAGAAUGGUGAAGAACGGCUGAAGAGAGAAUGCGAGCGACUUGUUGGCCAAUUUGAGAAGGAAGGUGGCCGAGCAAUGCGGCGACUCGAAGCCAUCGAGUGCAUCGACUGA